AUGACUGUAGACAUUAAAGACCAUGUUGGUCAAUGCACAGUGAGUUCAGAAAUGAGGCCCAAACAGCAAAAGGAAACCUUAGUGUCACAUGAAGUGCCUGAACGUCCGUGGAGUAAGAUUGGUAUGGAUCUUUUCACUCUACAUAAUGAGGAAUAUCUUGUUCAAGUAGACUAUCAUUCAGACUACUGGGAAGUUGACAAGCUGACAGACACAACUUCCACAUCUAUUGUUGAGUGUAUGAAGUUUAGCAGACAUGGCAUACCAGAUACCGUAGUGUCGGAUAACGGUCCACAAUUCACAUCACGAGAGUUUGCUCAGUUUGCCAAAGACUGGGAAUUCAGCCAUGUCACAAUAUCGCCUUAUCACAGUCAGUCAAACGGCAAGGCCGAAUCAGCUGUAAAGAUUGCAAAGAAGCUGAUCAAAAAGUCACAAAGAGAAGGCAAAGACCCAUGGAAAGCAAUCCUGGAAUGGCAUAAUACCCCUACUGAAGGUAUGGACAGUAGCCCUGUACAAAGAAUUAUGUUGCGUCGAACACGCACAACUCUCCCAGUUGCUACACAACUUCUGAAACCUGAGCUUGUUGACAGUGUCAGUGCCAAGAAAGCCCUCAAGCACAGAAAGGCUAAACUCUAUUACAACAGUCAUGCUAAGGAGCUACCUGAACUCACAGUUGGUCAACCAGUACGUGUUCAACCAGUGCCUUCUGACACAAUGGGUAAAUGGCGUCAUGGGACUUGCGUCAGACAAGUGUCGACAAGGUCAUACAUUGUUGACAUUGAUGGUAAAGAGUACAGGCGCAAUCGCAAGUUUCUUAGAUCAACGUCUGAAACUACACCACCAAAACAGUUGCCGGAAGUUACCAGUGAGAUUGAACCAGAUUCUCACAUAACAGCAAAAAAGACAACUGCUACCAAGACAUCGCCUGUUGUGAAACCACCUCCUUCAUCGCCACCAGUACCAGUAGAGUUUCCUAAGGAAAACAUCAAGACCACCAGGACAAGAGCAGUCAAACCACCAACCAGACUGAAAGACUUUGUUUCCUACUAA